AGUUUGAGUAUCUUCUACUGUUGGCGCGUCGAUCGUCGUUGGCAGUAGAUUUUUGUUUUUUCGUAACUUCGUCGCACGAUCGUGCCGCUUUUUGCAAAGUUUUGAAUUUGUUAAUCCUCUUCCGAAGCGUACAAGUCUAACUUGAACAUGGCUCGAAACGCUGAGAAGGCGAUGACCACCCUGGCGCGGUGGAGAGCCGCGCAGUUGGCCGAACAGGGCAAGGGCGUUCAGGAACGGAGGCCCUUUCUGGCCUCCAACUGCCACAACCUGAGGAAAUGCGAGAAGUGGAGGAUGCAGGUCAUCCGAGAGAUCGCCAAGAAAGUGGCCCAGAUACAGAACGCUGGGUUGGGUGAAUUCCGUAUAAGGGACCUGAACGAUGAAAUCAACAAGCUUCUACGAGAGAAAGGCCAUUGGGAAGACAGAAUCAAGGAGCUGGGGGGACCAGACUAUGGGAAAGUGGGGCCAAAAAUGUUGGAUCAAGAAGGCAGAGAAGUUCCUGGAAACCGGGGGUAUAAGUACUUUGGAGCAGCUAAGGACCUUCCAGGUGUGCGGGAGUUAUUUGAACAAGAACCACCGCCUCCGCCAAGACGCACUCGAGCUGAGGUGAUGCGGGACAUUGACGCGGACUACUAUGGCUACCGGGACGACGACGACGGCCUGCUGGUGCCGCUGGAGCAGGAGCAGGAGAGGGUGGCUGUGGCACAGGCAGUCCGGGAGUGGAAGAUGCUCAAGCGGGCCGCCAUGGAGGGAGACAAGGCCGCCGCAAAAGAGGCCAAGAAGGGCGACAAGGACGAAGAGGACAUCUACGCCGUGGAACCAGAGAGUGAUGAGGAAAUGGAGGAUGAGCCUGCAGCAGAGUCUGCAGAGGAGCAAGCAAGGUUCAUCGCUCACGUCCCUGUGCCGUCACAAAAGGAGGUUGAAGAGGCCCUUGUGCGAAGGAAAAAGCUGGAACUCUUGGAAAAAUAUGCCAGCGACGUGUUACAGCAGGAGUCUGAAGAUGUGAAACAAAUGCUGGGUCUCCAGUAGCUUCUGGCCUUUCCAAUGCCAUCUGUUGCGAGGCUUUAAUUAGCUUGUUCUUUUCUUUUGAGAGACAUCUACUACAUGUGAAUACACACACAUGUUCAUUCGCUUCCACACACAUGUUCAUUUGCUUCAAUUUUAUGUACAGAAGGGUUAAAGUUGUGGUAGUGUCUGCCAAUGUGAUCAAUGCUUCCAGGGGAAGCUUUGUACAUAGUACCCUGUAGGGAGACACGAAAUGACCCAUUUUAGUUGCGAGGUUCCAAUAUUUUUGGGGAAAUAAAAUCACAGUGGCAAAAUUGG